AUGAGGCCGACUAAGGCUACGAGUGCAACUGGGACUACGCAUAAUACCACCACGCCUUCAGUCGGCAACCCGAUCCUCCCCGCAGCCAACUCCGAGCUGGCCACCGUCGGUAUAGGCAUCCAGGCCUUGUUCAAUGUCUGGCGCACCGGCGCCGACUUCGAUACCCAAUCGGCCUGCAAGUUCUUGAAUCAGCCGCGGCCGAUGAACAGCAAGCCCUCCCGCGAGGCCAUCGAGGACCGGCCAGGUGCGGCCCGCAUCGCCGCCGACCACCUCGCCAGCCUCAACCAAAGACAAGGGCCCAUUGACACCAUGUCCAAGCGGAUGGCCAACUAG